ACCAGAUGCCAUGUGGGGCGCCAGGGCCCAGCAAUCGGGCCUGGUUGGGUAUGGGGCAGCCCUGCUGGCUGCUCUGCUCGGGCUGAGCUUCCUGUCCCAGCAUGCUCUGGCCACAGAACCUACCGACGUCACCAGCGCUGCGAAUAACACAACCACCCAGACCGGGAAGACCACGCUAUCCUUGUCAACGGUCUGUGGCAAGACCAAAUUCCAAGGGAAGAUCUAUGGUGGACAGAUUGCAGGUGCCCAGCGGUGGCCGUGGCAGGCCAGUCUGCGCUUAUACGGCAGGCACAUCUGUGGAGCGGUUCUCAUCGACAAAAACUGGGUAGCCAGUGCUGCCCACUGCUUCCAAAUGUCUCGAAACCCAGAGGACUACCAAAUCAUGCUAGGGUACACCAAACUGAACAGUCCCACCAAGUAUAGCAGGAAGAUGUCAGUGCAGAAACUCAUCGUUCACAAGGACUACAACAAAUUCUACCCCCAAGGAAGUGACAUUGUCCUGCUGCAGCUGCAGUCAUCUGUGGAGUACAGCUCCCACAUCCUCCCAGCCUGUGUCCCCAAUAAAAACAUAACGAUCCCCAAAGAGAAGGCCUGCUGGACAAGUGGCUGGGGCAAUCUCAGAGAGGAUGUGCGACUUCCUUUGCCUAAUGACCUGUAUGAAGCCGAGCUUAUCAUCAUGAGCAAUGACGACUGCAAAGGAUUCUUCCCACCACCAGUCCCAGGAUCCUCUAAAACCUACUACAUAUACGAUGACAUGGUGUGCGCUGCUGACUACAGCCUGACAAAAUCCAUCUGCUCGGGAGAUUCUGGGGGUCCCCUCGUCUGCCUACUGGAAGGCUCCUGGUAUGUAGUAGGGCUGACCAGCUGGAGCUCAUCAUGUGAAGACCCAAUAUCCGGCCCCAGUGUCUUCGCUAGGGUCUCCUACUUUGACAAGUGGAUUAGUGAUAACAAGAAAGCAUCAGGUGACUCAAAGCCAGGGGAGUCCUAUGGGCCCCCUCACCAUCAGAGACCCCCAAAUAAUCCAGGAUCCCCUGAGAAUGAAAAUCCCGAGGACAAUAACGAAAACCAAGGUGCUAUCACCAAGCUGACAGCCUGCCCAGUCCUGCUGCUCUCUCAGCUCCUCCUACAACAGUUGAUUUAAAUCAGGAGUCCAUGAUGGAGCCACAAGGCCUUGGACAGCCAGUAUGUCCUGUGAGCCACCUCACCGAGCACUGUCUUCCACACCUCAAUCCGUGGGCUCCCCUGUCCAUCUGAGGCCACGCUUGCCCUGGACCAGGCAAAACAAAGAAUGAACAAUAAAGCUAAAAGGU